CCUUACAUUAUAAAAUGGAUCGUUUUUCUACACGCAAAAAUGAAUGUGGUGACCUACGCAAAAAAUAUGGGUUUUACGGUUAUAUAGCCGUGGUUCUCCUUUCACUAUUGUCGAAUCUGCCAUUGGCUGUAUAUUCUUCCUUCAUAAAAUGCAAGCGGAAUUUAGAAGAGAGUAAAAACCUUGUUGAUCUACUUAAAGACGAUUGUAAGUUAGUUUUCGACAUUUCAGUGGUAUUAGGGGCUCUUCAUAUAUUGUUUCUUAUUAUAAUCAUCACUAUCGUCAUGUGGUUCCGGAAAACUAAGGCAGUGACAAGUAGAGGACCGAUUUUUCUAGCUCACUUGUGCGUAUCAAUGAUGAUAGCUAUUGGGAUUUCCAUAUACUACACGAAAAAUCAAUUAAAUGAACUUUCAGAAGAUAAUAAUUUCGAGGCGGAGAAAUUAGGCCAUUUAAUAGGCAGCAUUCUUGCGUUUUUCUGCGCCAACUUCUUCUCCGCCAUCGCUAUUCGAAUGAGAAUUAUUUAUGAGAGUUUUACUCUUCUUCUCAAUAAAAAGCAAAGUCUAGUAUUAAAUCAUUUCAAGUACUAUUAUGUCGACUUAUUUAUAUGGACCAUGGCUACUCUUCCUAACUUUUUAAGAUUUGGGGGAUACAUUCCAAACACGGUCAAAGCGAAGUAUGCUAUAGCUAUCAUUCCAAUAUUUUACUCUAUCCUAAUUGGCUUUUUUACUUACAAAUGCCGUAAAGCGGCCACUGAAUUUUCGGACUUUUACACAAAUCUUCGGUCUCUGCUGUAUUGCAUAAUUAACUUCUCUUCUGCGCUUGUGCUCCAUUCUGCAUCUUACACUGCCCUUGCCGCUGUGGCUUGGCAAUUGGCUAUCCAAUCCACUGCUGUGAACUACACCUUAGACUCAAUUCUAGAACUGACCAUCGUUGAAUUUAACUUAAGAAAAAAAGAACGCGAGAAAACUAAAAGAGUUAACAUGGCCACCUCGGCAAUUUGGGAUUCGCGAGCGGGGAUUUAUAUAUAAAUGGCUAUUCGUAAAACAGGCAGACUGAAUUUGAAUCUCGAAAAAUGUGUAUUCCAACAACUACAAUUAAAGUUUGAUAUUGGCUCAAUGACUUAAAUAAAUUG